AUGUCUGGGGUGAUGGAGGUUCACAAUUACUUUCCUGGCUGCAUGGAGAAGAAGAGGUCAAGACCUCGUUUCAGCAGACUGAUAGCACCGUUUUCCCCAUCCUUUCCUAUUCUUCUUAUUCUUUUGAGUAUUCUUCAUUGUCAAGCCGCCAAAGUGGAGAGUGUGAUUGCAGAAGGGGGUGCUUCUCGUUUCAGUGCUUCUUCGGGGGGAGGAGGUGGUAGGGGUGCACCUCAGCACUAUCCCAAGACUGUCGGCAACAGCGAGUUCCUGGGGAAAACCCCAGGGCAAAGCGUUCAGAGAUGGGUUCCUUCACGAAGCACUAGACGAGAUGUCAACUCCAGCAAUGAAAAAGAGCGACACGAUGCAAUCUUCAGGAAAGUGAGGGGCAUACUCAACAAACUCACGCCUGAGAAGUUUGACAAGCUAUGCCUUGAGCUCCUGAAUGUGGGCGUAGAUUCAAAACUCGUCCUUAAAGGAAUCAUCUUGCUGAUUGUAGACAAAGCCCUAGAAGAGCCCAAGUAUAGCUCGCUCUAUGCUCAGCUAUGUCUGCGCUUGGCAGAGGACGCACCAAACUUUGAUGGCGCUUCAUCUGAGAUCCAAACAUCCCAAAAGCAGAGCACAACCUUCAGAAGACUGCUGAUUUCCAAGCUUCAAGAUGAAUUUGAAAACCGCACCAGAAAUGUUGAAAUCUAUGACAAACAUGACAACCCUCUUACUUCUGAGGAGGAGGAACAGCGUGCCAUUGCCAAGAUCAAGAUGCUUGGCAACAUUAAAUUCAUCGGGGAACUUGGCAAACUCGACCUCAUCCAUGAAUCUAUCCUUCAUAAAUGCAUCAAAACACUUCUGGAAAAGAAGAAGAGAGUCCAGCUCAAGGAUAUGGGGGAGGAUCUGGAAUGCCUCUGUCAGAUAAUGAGAACCGUGGGGCCGAGACUCGACCAUGAGAAAGCAAAGUCUUUAAUGGAUCAGUACUUUGGCCGUAUGCGAUCCUUAAUGAACAACAAGGAGUUGCCCGCGAGGAUCCGGUUCCUGCUGCAAGAUACAGUGGAACUUCGAGAAAACAACUGGGUCCCCCGUAAGGCUUUCAUUGACAACGGACCAAAGACAAUUAACCAGAUCCGUCAAGAUGCAGUGAAGGAUUUGGGUGUUUUCAUCCCAGCACCCAUGUCUCAAGGGAUGAGGAUGGACUUCUUCCUGGAAAGCCCUUUCAUGCCCAGCAGAAUGAAACUGGACAGAGAGACUCUUGGGGGAUUGGCUGACAUGUUCGGACAGAUGCCAGGCAGUGGGAUUGGAACUGGCCCUGGGGUUAUUCAGGACAGGUACUCACCCACUAUGGGACGCCAUCGCACCAACCCCCUCUUCAACGGCCACAGCGGCCACAUUGCCCCUCCACCUCAGUCACAGUUUGACAUGGGGCCCAAGUCUUUUGUUAAGUCCAACCAGGUUCAGAACCAGCAUUUCCUCAACCAGAACCAGAACCACAUGGCCCAGCAGCAGGUCCAGUCCAAGGACAUGCCUCCACGAUUCAGCAAGAAAGGACAGCUCAAUGCGGACGAGAUCAGCCUGAGGCCUGCUCAGUCAUUCCUUCUCAAUAAGAACCAGGUGCCCAAACUCCAGCCUCAGAUCCCGACCAUGAUGCCUCCCAGUGCCCAGCCCCCACGUACUCAAACUCCCCCUCUGGGUCAGCCUCCACAGCUUGGCCUGAAGACCAACCCUCCACCUAUUCAAGAGAAACCUCAGAAGACGAACAAGAAACCACCUCCUGCCAGGGAGGAGCUUCUUAAGAUGACAGAGGCAGUCAUGACUGAGUACUUGAGCACUAAGAACCUAACUGAGGCUGUGAGUGGUGUGCGAGAGAUGAAGGCGCCAAAGCAUUUUCUGCCAGAGAUGCUCAGUAAAAUCAUUGUGUGCUCACUGGAUUGUCCUGAUGAGGGCAAGGAACAUGCCAGCACUCUGAUUCACACGCUGCGCACUGAGGGCCUCAUCACUGGCGAGAACUUCAUGCAGGCUUUCCUCAACGUCCUGGACCAGUGCCCUAAGAUCGAGGUGGACGUACCCCUGGUGAAGUCCUAUCUGGCCCAGUUUGCAGCUCGGGCUAUCAUUGCAGAGCUGGUGAGCGUGGCAGAGCUCGCUCACCCCCUGGAGAACGGAACCCACUUCCCACUCUUCUUGCUCUGCUUGCAGCAGACAGCCAAGCUGAAAGACCGUGAGUGGCUCACCGACCUCUUCCAGCAGAGCAAGGUCAAUAUGCAGAAGAUGCUCCCAGAAAUUGAUCAAAACAAGGACCGCAUGCUGGAGAUCCUGGAGGGGAAGGGCCUGAGCUUCCUCUUCCCGCUGCUGAAGCUGGAGAAGGAGCUGCUGAAGCAGAUAAAGGCAGAUCCCUCUCCACAGUCCAUCUACAAGUGGAUUAAAGACAACAUUUCACCCAAGCUUCACACUGAUAAAGGCUUUGUCAACAUCCUCAUGACCAGUUUCCUCCAGUACAUCUCCCAGGAGCUGUGUGAGGCGGAGGGUGAUGACCAGCUGGCGGCACCCUCUAAAGAGAUGCUGGAGCAGGAGAAACAGCUGCUGCUGGCCUUCAAGCCCGUCAUGCAGAAGUUUCUGCACGACCAUACCGAGCUGCAGGUCAGCGCCCUCUAUGCCUUGCAGGUGCACUGCAAUGCCAGAGGAUUCCCUAAAGGCAUGCUGCUGCGCUACUUUGUCAACUUCUACGACAUGGAGAUCAUUGAAGAAGAAGCCUUCCUUGCAUGGAAAGAAGACAUUACCCAAGAAUUCCCUGGAAAAGGAAAAGCUUUAUUCCAGGUAAACCAGUGGCUCACCUGGCUGGAGACAGCAGAGGAGGAGGAGUCUGAGGACGAAGCAGACUAAGAAACCAAGCGGAAGCAUCAUGGCGUAGAUCAACCGUAUCUUAUUAGACGCGUUUCCUUUAUUAAACUCCAUGCUUAAUUUAACCACUACCACAUGGCACUCGGCUGCUUCUGUCUCACAAAUAUAAACCGAAAGCUUGUACCCAUAAGGCUUCAUGUGCGACCACCUGCACCGUGACGAUAGGCUGAGAACUAUUGUUUGAUCUGUUGCCUAAUGGAUGUUUUUUGUUUUGUUUCCUCUUUGAGAUCUGUGUCCUGAUCAGCUACAUGAAUUGAGUGACUCAACCAUGUGUUUUUUUUUUUUUGUUUGUUUUUUUUCCCUUUGCUUUGUUAGGUUAUAACUUUAUUUUCACUGUAUUGCAAUUAUUGUUUUUGUUUUUUCAUUCAAUUUUUACUGAUUUUAAACCUCCCCAGGUAGGAAACAGAAGAACAUGUAGGAUUUUCCCCUGAAGAUGAGAUGAAUUACUGGUAAUCUCGGCUAAUUCUAGUUAGAAAGUAAACAGCUAGAAGCAUUAACACAGGGUCUUGUCAGCAAGCUGCUUUUGUGAUCUUCUGUCAGGGCCCAGCCUGGAUUUCUUUCCUUCAUGCUUUAAAAACAGAACCGCAUCGGGGGAUUAGGCAAACAGGCUGCACAGAGAUCUUUAUAGUGAACCACUUGUCAGACCCUUGUUUCAGAGUGUGUGUUUAAACUGUCAGAUGGCCCACUGAAGUUGAAUGAAGCACAAGCUGGCAAAACAUUUCGUGACUGAAGGUUUGUGUUUAGUCAACAACUGCUCACUCAAUUCCUGUUCCCCACUUUUUUUCUUUUUUUUUUUAAGUACAAGUGCUCUUCAUAGUCACUGAUGAGCAUGUUUUCAUUAUCAUUUCUCCCUUUUUGUUCUGUCCCUUUUUCUUUUUUUGUCUUUUUUUUUAAUUAAAUGGUUGCAAUACUCAUUCUCCAAAUGAUAUUUUAAAAAAAAAAAUAAAGCUAGCUGUAAUCAUUGGUUUGCCGCCGUAACGUUUCAAAGUUGCCUGUGUUUCUACCUCUUAGGUUAGAUGGGCUUUGUUUUGUGCUGGGAUAAUAUCUGCUAAGAAGAAUAUUGAGCCCAAGCAAGUGCUGAAGUAUUUGAUCUAAUCCUGGCCUAAUUGCACAAUAAAUGUAUUGAAGCAGACAUUAACCAUGAUGUGUCGCAUGUUUUACAAGUGUUUAUAUUUCAGAAGGAAAGAAGUGGGAUUUUUUUUUUUUUUUUUUGUUAAUUUGGCCCUGGAUGUUGAGACACAUACCCGUCAGAUUGUGGUGAGUUAUGUUGAGUAGAUUUUGAAGCAGCCCUGAUGCGGUUGGGUUUUAUAUUGAGGGCUUAAUAUGUUUAAAAAAAAAAAAAAAAGGGGCGUGCCUCUUAAAUUGGCAAACUAUAAAGUAUUUCAACACAAUUUCCCUUCUCCAAAAGCUGAACAAGUGGCAUCAGGUUUACCCAAGAAUUGUGCUAAAGUCAUGUUUAUGUAUAAGGCAAUGGAUUAGGAUCUUACUGUAAGAUAUUCAUAAUUAUUGUGCACCUCUAUUGCUUUAAUGUCAAUAAAGUCAGUACAUGGG